CCAUGCAGGAUUAGGCGUGCUGUCCUUGUCUCUCCUCCUUCUCCUGGGUAUAUAUAUGACCCCAUCCAUCGCCUAAGGUUCUGUACUUGGUCUUCGCAGUACAGACAAGCGCAAGAGCGGUUCGUCAAUUCGUCUUGCUGGAAGCAAAAGUUGAGUUAGAUCAGAUCGAUCAUGGGCGCCUUGGAUCACCUCUCCCGUCUCUGCAACUUGACACACACAAGGGAAGCCAUCAGGAUCAAGAAAAGGCGGCCACUGACGACGGUGAACAUCAAGGUGAAGCUGGACUGUGAUGGCUGCGAGAGGAGGGUCAGGAACGCCGUCAAAUCGAUUCGGGGUGUGACGACGGUGGUGGUGAAUCGCAAGAUCAACAAGGUGACGGUGACGGGGUACGUGGAGCCUCGCAAGGUGCUGGCGAGGGUGAAGCGCACCGGGAAGACGACGGCGGAUAUGUGGCCGUACGUGCCCUACUCGGUGGCCACCUACCCCUACGUUGGCGGCUCCUACGACAAGAAGGCGCCGGCGGGACUGGUCCGCAACGUGCCGCAGGCCAUGGCUGACCCGGCCGCGCCGGAGGUCAAGUACAUGAACAUGUUCAACGACGAGGACGUUAACGCUUGCACCGUCAUGUGAUUCCAUCAUCUUCACUCCAGCCACUCCAUGCCUAGAUUACUAGAGGUAUAUCGGUCUUCUCGCAGCGCGCGCUGGGGAAAAAUGGUACCAAGAUGAACUUGUGCAUGCAUGUACGGUGCUGAUGGGUGAUGUAUAGAGCCAUAAAUCAAAACGAUGCACAUGCUCAUCUA